GUAUCUAUAAAAAAAACUCUCUUUCGCCGUACUUGUAAACGAAUGUUAGAAGUAAAAAGCAUCAUGCCUGGGGAUCAGUCCGCUCCACCAUGUUAAAGGUAACAGUAGUCCUCGCCGUUCUCUGUCUUGCUUAUGCCAAGCCAAGUCACAGAAAGCCCCACGCAGGGAAUGGGCACCACACCCAUACCCAGGUAGCUCAGACAGACCUCACGGCCGUACUGCAGUCAAUCAAUCAGGCAGGGUGCGGCGGAAGUCGCAUCAGUCCGUCAGUGUCCUACAUCGUGGGUGGAUCCGAGGCUCGGGCAAACAGCUGGCCGUGGAUGGCCUCUUUGGAGUAUAAUGGUAUGCACGUCUGUGGCGGAAGUUUAGUUUCUGACAGAUAUGUCAUCACCGCAGCUCACUGCGUUGAAGGUGCUAUGGCUACAGCUUCAAGAUGGCGUGUUCGAUUGGGAAAACAUGACAGAUCAAGAACUGAAUCCACAGAACAGAAUCUCUUUGUCAGAAGAAUUAUCAGUCAUGGUAGCUACAGCAGCUCCAAAAUCAGCAAUGACAUUGCUUUAAUGGAGCUGAGCUCCACUGCAACUAUUAAUGAUUACGUUAGCCCUGUUUGUGUUGCCGAGCUUGAUGUUGCCGCUGGAACAAACUGUAUCACUACAGGCUGGGGGGACACUCAAGGCACUGGAUCAAACUCUGUUCUGAGACAAGUGACCGUCCCAUUGAUUGAUCAAGCCACCUGCGCCAGCCGUGACUACUACGGUAGAUACAUGGACACCACAACCAUGAUCUGUGCUGGGUAUGAACAGGGGGGAAAGGACUCUUGUCAGGGUGACAGUGGUGGACCAUUGGUCUGUAGCUCUCAGGGAGUGUGGCAUUUGACAGGAGUCACAAGCUGGGGCUUUGGCUGUGCUGAGGCCUUUAAGCCUGGUGUCUACACGAGAGUUGUUAACUAUGUCAGCUGGCUUGGAGCCAAUAUGGCCUGACCGUCCAAAAUCGCUGUAUCCCCGGUGAAUUUACAGUUUAUUUUUCUAUAAUAUAAAAAAAUUGUACCAACAAAACUAAA